AUGCCUCCCACCUCCGGGUCUCGGAAACGCCAGAAGCCCCCACCUCCCACAGCGGAGGUCCCCUCCGCCGGCGCCUUCGCUCCCGCCCAAUCCCGGAGCUCCGCAGGGCGCGGUCGCCGGUGGGCUCCGCCAGGGCCGGGAGCGCCGAGCCGGGUAGGAAACGGCAAAUGCCUCAGCGCCUGCGACCGCCGGACAGCUCGAGGUUCCGCCAGACGCGCGGGCGGCUCCCGACGCGGCCGCCUCAGUCUCCUCAGGGCCGCCGCUGCCGCUGCCGCUACCGCUGCUACCUCCCGGACACCCUGCCGCCGCCACUAUCACAGCCGCCGCCGCCGCCGCCGCCACAGCUACAGCACGACCGGCGCCCGCGACGUCACCACGCCCCGCCCUCCGCGCACACCUAGCCCCGCCCCCGGGGGCCCGCGCGGCGCCCGCGCCCCGCCUCCCCCUCUCGCGGGCCGCCAGGCUUUCCCUCGUCCCUCUGGGAAGCGCCCCGCGACGCGGCCCGGGAGGACGGAUCGCGUAGCGCGGCGCUUCGAGGCCACGAAGGUAACUGGGCGCCGAGGCAGAGUUGUGGCACACGUAGAGCCGCCCCUCACAUUCACACACCCACGGCCGAGCGUCCACUGGAGAGCCAGGGCCGCGAUUGCGAGCGGGGAAGGUGCGGGCGAAGAGGGGCGGCGUUUGUCUCCUCCUGCUUGCCGUAGGACGUGGACUGCAGGAAGCCCCAGGAGUGGAGUGGCCUUUCCCAAACCUGGAGUCGCCCCGCCCCCUCCUUGGCAGGCCCGUUACCCGAACCCUGGGAUCGCCGCCACCUUAGGAAAUAACUGUGGGCUUGUCACUCUGAGCUGCCUCGGCACCCUUUGUCCAAGAGAAGUUAGCUUGCCCCUCACACUUGGCUUUUGCGAAAUGUGGCUGUGGAAGAAGAUACUCUUGAGUCAUCUGGGCUGUCCAAGCGGUCAUCCUAAAGGACCCUCUCAGGAGGUGGCUUUUCUGCAGCUUUCAUGCCAGGGAGGAAGAGCGUGGGCGGAACCUGGUGUCCACAUGCGAUUCUUUCAUCGUUCCCUCCCAAAAUUCACUUGGAUCAUCACAGUUCCUCGGGCACUCUGAAUUGACUCACCAUCCUUACAGCUCACGUAGGACACAACCCAUUGUUAGAGUGUGCAGCCAAACAAGGCGACUGUAGGCAGCCAGAGAAGAGUCUCCAAAGAUUUCAUCUCUGGGACUGGGAAGAUAGGGCUUAGUGGGUAAGAGCACUCACUCUGCAGGCUUGAGGACCUGAGUUUGAAUCCCACAUAUAAUCCAGACAUGGUGCCAGGUGUUUGUAACACCAGCACUGGCGAAGGAAGACAGGUUCAUCCCAAAAGCUGAGCAAAAAGAUGAACCUCUGAUUCCGUGAGAGACCCUGACUCAAGGCAGAAGGCAGAGGGCAACAGAGGAAGACACCUGCUGUCCUGUGGCCUCUGCAUGUGCUCAUGUCCACCCACACUCAGACAUUGAGAGCGUCUCUGCAUAGUAAUAUAGAGAAGUCUGCCCUGCUAAAGGUGUGCAUGUCUCUGUGUGUUCAGGCUGCCCAGGGUGUCCUGGGACUCACAACAGUAGCUGGUUCAGGCUCCGAAAUACAAGCAUGUGACACGACACCUA